CACGAUGAUCUGUCUUGUUGUUUAACCCCACCUCGGAUGACUCGCCUAACACUCGAGACGAAACCCCCGCCUGUUGCUCACGGCUGCCCUACAUUUGCUGUAACUCACACACACAUGCCCUGAAUGUACUCCAUGGCGAAGGAUCACAAGUGCGUGCACGCAAGCGAGAGACACGUCGCCUUUUCAGAUGACUACUACCACGACGACUUCUACCGACUAACCAGCGACUUCGCUAGCAAAUCGCCCCGAGAGAACGCUAGGAAUCUCGCUCCAGAGAUUAACGACGAUUACCUCGAAGAAACGCCCAGAAAACGCGUCAGAAUUCGCGUCCCUGUGGUCAGAAAGAGUGGAAAGCAGCAUAAGCUAACGGUAGUCAGAAGAUUGCGUCCUAUUUCGUCCAAGAUUGAGAAUCCUGCUCAGAAUCAAUUGACUGUGGCGAGUCAUACGCCGCGGAGGAUCGUGGUGACUAGAGUGAGGUCAUUGGGAUUAGCUAACACCAUUCACAAUGAUUUGGAAUCUGAUAGUUUCAAACCAGAGAUUGGGAGACAUAAAGUGACUAUUACUAGACGUAGAAAGAUUGCGUCGACUACCGUUUCGCCUGCUAGCAGCGAAAGAAGAGUAAGAAUCACUAGAAAGAAAUUGGUCGCUGUUAGACCGCUGCAACCUACGCCUAGUUUCGCUAUUAUCACGACUGGAUUCUUCACUGCCCCAUCUUCUGAAUACGAUGAAGAGUUCUCCGAGGAGGAUGAAGGUGAAGAAGAGGUGAACGAAGAAAGUGUUAGUUCGACUGCCACACCUGAGUUGAAGGAACCGCCCGAUGUUAUCGAUAGCAAACCGGAUGAGGUUGAGAUUGAAAGUAAGGAGGAUGUUAGUUCGACAGAUAUCCCUGAAUUGAAGGAACCUCCUAAUAUAAUCGAUAAGAAACCAGAUGAGGUUGAGAUCGAAAGUAAGGAGGAUGUUAGUUCGACAGACACGCCUGAGCUAAAGGAAUCUCCUAAUAUAAUUGAUAAGAAGCCAGAUGAGAUUGCAACUAUGACCGAGGAAACUGAACCGAAAGUUAUAGAAGAGAGUAGUGUGAGUUCACCUGUCAUUAUCACUGAUAAUUUCUUCCUCCCUGCGUCUGACGAUGAGUAUGAAGAAUACGAAGAUGAAUAUACCGAUACCACGACUGAAAGUGAGAAGAAUGAUUCUGAGAAUGAAGAUAUUCUAACGACGACUAAAUCUACGAAAAUUGAGGAUGAUUUGAAUAAAGAGGACACUUCAAGCAUGUCUGCAGCUCCUGAUUUGUCAGAGAAAGAGGAACCAACGCUGGAACAGCCCGAAGAAGUUUCACAUAGUGUCGCUGAUCACGAAAGUACAGAGUCAACUAAUUUGAAAGAAGAAGAGAAAUCUGAGUCUUUGACAACUGAAAAGUCAGUACAAGAGGGAGAAGAAAUUACUACGACGCAGAUGAGUUUGGAAGAGAAAUCAGAAGAAGUUGGAACGACUGUUUAUCCUGAGAUUAAUGAAGAUGAGAAAGAGGAUGGGGAAGAAGACCGUACAACGACAGAAAUGAUAGAGACUACGACAUUUAUGGAAGAAACGACAGUGAUUAGUGUUCCUGAAGAAGUACAGACAACUACAAUUUCUGAUAAAGAGAUUACAAUAAUCGAUAAGGAAGAAGAACAUAGUAGUACUGAACACCCUUCGCUGCCUAGUGAAUUUAAAUCGGAAUCUGAAAAUUCUUCAAACGAAGAAUCACUCGAAAAAGAUAUUGAAGCUCACGUUGCAACUAUUUCACCUGAACCUGAAGACAUUUUACUGAAAGACAGUGAAGAUUCCCUCGAGAAAGAUACAAAAUCAAACACCACCAUAAUCGAAAUUGAUCCCAAGGUAUCUAUAUCAAAAGACUCUGAAGAUCCUGUCAAAAAAGAGAUCGAACCCCAAGUCACGGUGAUUCAAACCAAAUACGAAGACUCUCCCAAAGUCGAAGACGUUCCCAAAAUUGAAGACGUUCCCAAAAUUGAAGACAUUCCUAAGAAAGACACACAAAUUCCCGAUAGCCACCCUAGUAUCAUACUCGACCCAAGUUCAAGGCCAGAAACUGAAAGAUCCUUCCCAGACAUGAUAGAUAUCACUACCCUGAAACAGGUUCCAGAAACCACACCAAAACUCGAGGAAAAUGAAGAGAACCUGACAGUGCAGCCCAUACCAUCGAUUACCGAAAUCAUCUCGUCUGCUACGACAAUUUUCUUCGACGAGUACCCCGAUUUCACCAGCGUCCUGCCUUUAGAAACGUCCCAAUCGACGUCGUACGACUCCAGUACCCUUAGCUACUUGGAUAACUCCGAGAUCCCAAGCGUGAUUCCCCUAGGAGUCGAAUAUACGUCGUUGUCAGACUCGAAGAGGACCUCGAUGGUUCUCGAGACGACGUCCAGCAUUGACUCGGUAACGACGUCGAUCUCGUCACCGACCCCCGAGGAAAUCGAGGCAGGAUUAGCCGACGAUCUUUAUUUGUCCCUGUCGAGGCCAGAUUUCCCUGAGAUACUGCCAUCGAAACCGGUUCACGUGGAGCACGAGACCAGGUCCGAAACACCAGAUUUAGAACCGAGCACGAGCAUUUAUUAUACAGAGACAGUGGUGACAUCGACGAGACUUAGGACGUAUACGUACGUAGUGACGCAACUGAAUGGACUGGAGACGAAAGUAACGUCCUCGACGACGGUCCGACCGAGAGUGACGACGCUUACAUUGACGGUGCCCGUCACGGUGACUGUCACUCCUACCGUGGAGUCGUCAGCGCACGCCGUUUCGUCUGUGUAUAGCCCGGUGCCCGCUGCUGGAGAGCACGAAGGAAAAGAUGAAGAAGGUCGAAGGUUAAACCUGGCCACGCGUGUCAUGUCAAACGGAGUCGAAGUGAUCGUUGCUGGACCAACGCCAGCAUUACGAUGGGAGAACUCGGUGCCACAGCCUACGCUGACAUUGUCCGAUACUGUCGUCAUGAUGCUUCCACAAGAUAAACCGAAUGAAUUUGUCACUAAGACAUGUACCACCACCUUCACGUACCUUACUACCAUUACGAAAGAUGGGACAACUAUCGUUUCAACGGAGCAGCAGGUGAUAGCUAACACAGCGACCGAAGAACGUCACAGGAAGCCGGGAUCUGAAACUGCCGCGGUAACAUUAGAAGCAUCCCCAACAUUACGCACAGAAGUCUUCAAAACCACCUAUACCUACUUAACAUUAAACACCGAUCAUUCUAAUAUAAAUGACGCGUUGGAAAGUAGCACGAAAGUAAUCACGAACACGGUCACUGCGCCGCAACAUUAUUUAGACAUGAUCCUUGAACCAUCAGAAGCGCCUCGACCGGAAACGAACACGUAUCUCAGCACCAGGAUGCUGGAAAAGACUUUCAUGGAGGAUGGACGUACCAGAAUAGAAACCACCAGCGAUACAAUUACUCAGCUCAUAGUAACAGAGUCUGCACCGCCUCCUCGUCCAACCAGCGUCACGACCACGUUAACGGCGCUAGACAGUACAGAGGAAAGCAUGACAGACCUCAUGAAAACAUACUACAUUACCUACACUUAUUAUAAUACCUUCCUGGAGAAAGGUAGCACCGUGGUGCGUACGAACGUAGCGACAUCAACUGACGUUGUGUUGGAGAAAGCACCUGCCAAGAAGACCACGAAGACAGCCACGGUGAAUCCUACUCCAGAACCUAUUCAAAUUUUUGCGACAAAGACGUAUCUGACCACGUUUACAUACUUCACAACCUUGCUUCAGGCUGGACCAGAUGGAGAAACUUCAACAACAGUCUCUUCGAGGUCGCACAUCGUGGAGAACGUAGUGACAGAAUCGAUAGCACCAAGUUUGCUAGACGCUGGCUAUAUGAACGCUUUGUUAACAACUGCUCAUCAUUCAGAUCCGGUGAAGAACGUGGUCACUGGAUCAACGAUCAUAUUCUUCGACGAGGAGGACCAGAUCGAUCCUACUUCGAGCACUGGCUUCCAAGAAGCGACCUCCUCGGUGGAGAUCCAGAACAAUGAAUCGAUUUCCGCCAGCUUCGUAUCUACUGAAUCUUCUCCAGCUGCUAAUGAGCCAAGUUUGAAGCCAGUUGAACAGAUUAAUCAAGAGAACAACGUAACAGUUUCUGCAGAGUCUGGACAGAACAAAAAGCCUGCGAGUCAGAACACGAGCGAUCUUCAAGUGAGCAAUCUUCUAAGCCUAGGGUCUUUGGGAAUCAAUAGUUUGUCGGCUCUAGGGCCAGUGAUUACGGCGAUGGCUGGUUUACUACAAGGAAAGACGACAGCUACGCGAAGAAAUGAUUCGAUGCCACAGGCGGAAACACAGGAAGUGACCACGCAAAGAUCGCCCAUUUAUAUACCAGUCGCUGAGUUCGCUGAUGGAGACAUCGAAGCAGCUGAGAGUCAAAAUAUAGGUACACAUCUAGCGAACCUUAACCACAAUUACAUCGCUGAAAUCCGUCACAAAGUUGCAUCCAGCCUGGCAGAUGGAAUUCCAAUUUCCCCGGGCGAAGUAAUCACUGCGAACAGCGACGUAAUCAUAGGAAAACCAGGGAAAAUGGCACCUAGACCACCUCAAACGUUCUUAGAGGACGAAGAACACAUUGGAAUGAAACCGCCGCCGCUACCAGUCCCUAACAUUCCAGUUCAUCCUGUUCUCGAAGUCGUGGAGAACGAUCGAGACGAUGCUCAGUCUCAGCAGAUUCUUCAAGCCCACAAAGGUCCACAAAUACAAAUAUAUCCUGCGCAUCAGAUUUACGAAGAACAUUUGAAAAUUCCGGUUUCCAUGCCUGUCGAUGCGAAUCCUACAUUGAUAUCGAAACAACCUCAGAAGCUACUUCCAGUUCAAGCGUCUCCGCCAAAGAGAAUAGUUUCGAAGCAAGAUGUACUGGAGAAUGAUCCUUUGUUAAAGCCACCUGAUAGACCUAACGUGGAACAGUAUGCAAAUCCAAAUUCAAAUCCUAAGGAGCCGGAAUGGAGUCCUGAGAAAUCUAGGCGACCGUGGAGUGCUAAGGAUCCUUUAAAGCUCCCUCCACUACAUCCACAAUUUGAUCAGAAAAUCGACUCAGGAAUAUCUCCAAUAGAGAAACCUUGGCCCGCCGUUCCAUCUGAAGAUCAGAAACGAUUACCGUGGGCUCAGAAAGAUCCUUUGCUCCCUGAUGCUCCUGUUGUGAUUCAAUCUUCGGAAUCCAAACCGACACCGGCGGAACCUAUAGUUCAUCAAGUACCACACGUCAUCGACAGAUCAACAGGACAACCUUUAUUAGUAAAUAUUCAACCUAGUCAGGUGGCUAACGUGGUGAUUCCUCAAGGUGGUACUCAAGCACUGAUAUUCGGUGACACCAGCGAGCCACACAUCAGUGGACAAUACUUCGACGAUCCAUCACCAUAUCCUGAAUCAGAAGUUGGUUUGGGAUUUGUUGGAAUCCAAAGAGUGGAGGACCUGCCUCAAUAUUCCAACGGAAAGGACCCAGCAGAUUAUAUGGUUCCACCAUCGCCACCUCACAGUUUCAAGGGGUUACCAGAAAAACACCCUUCUAAUCGUCCAGCAACCAUCCCCUUAUCGCCAGGUCGUUUCGAUUAUGAAAGACCGCAAGACAAACUAGAAGCUCCUUUAAACAGACCAGAGAAGAUGCCAUCAGACGUACAUUUGAUUAAACACCCUGACCAUUCUGGUGUCCUCGGCGGCCAAGGUCACGUACACACUGAGAUCCUGGUCCAUCACAGACCAGAAACUAUAAACGUUCGUCCACAAAGCGUUCCUUAUCCUCCUAUUCAUCCUCACGUGCAUUCCAACAAUCAUAUACCGUCACGCGGACAAUUUCCAAAAAUUCCAAAACCUGUAGAAUCCGGAACUCCACCUAGAAGAACAGAAAUGUCGAGUUCAUCGGACAAUUCCCAUCGAUAUAUCUUAUUGCCUAAGCCAGACUCGGGGAACGAGAUCGUCUUGAAUUCCAAUUGGAAGGCGGACAAGAAACCACCGCGAAUUCUGAUGAAUAACAGGUUGAGACCACGUCCACCGUUGAGAUCGACGACUAGUCGUCCUUUGGAUAGGCCGAUUUACCCGGAAAGGCCGGGUAUUAGGAAACCAGUUUACAGCGGACCUCAGAGGCCUCCGACAAAGACACAGAAUACAUUUGUGCUUCCUCAUCGGCCAGUCAGUAAUCCUCAAAUUCACCAUGAACCACCGAGGAUGACCACUCCGACGCCUGGAGAUACGAUGAAGGACGUGGCAACUGAGAGACAGCCUUCGUUCGGAUCUCGUCCUCACAUUGAUCUUCAAGACAGACCGCCUCACUUUUACCCUGAGAAGAGACCAAACAUAGAACAACUGAGACCUCAAACUGAAAGGACAGAAGAACACGUGCCCACGGGAGCAGUAGAAUAUCACAAUCCUUCGAAUCCUAAAAUAAAGCAAGAUAACAGACCAGUUACAACAAAUACGCAAGUUCAAAACUUCGAUCAGGUUCCACCUAAUAAAGAUAAUAAAGUAGCAGAAAUCUGGUAUGGCGGUACGCAAACAGAGAAAACGUUAGAUUCAGAAGUUGGUGCCUCAGAACCCAUAAACUAUCACAAUCGAGUCAAGGAGGUGCAAAAAUACAAUGAAACCGAAAAAGGCACGUCUUUCGUUAAUCAAAAUAACAAUGUAACAUCCAAUAUAAAAAAUCCCUACGGAAAUGUAGCCUCUGGUAAUACAGUGAUUGGAAAACCAACUGGAGAAAUUGAUUCCCAACAAGAUCAGAAAGAAAAACCAUUUUGGAUAAGUCCAGGCUCUCCAUUUUCUCAUAAAAAUGAAAUGAAUACACAAUCUCAAGUACCAUACGGCCCUAAUUAUUACAAUACUAAGCUUCAUGAAACACCAGUAGUUCAAGGAAAACCGUUUGGCGUGUACACUGGCCACGAAGAAUCGAAUUAUGGUUACAAAUGGAAAGAGAACAAGCCUGAAUACGACAUAGUACAAGGUGUACCAUCGACUUAUUAUGGAAGCAAAAUAUCUCCAAUUAGCCACAAGAAUCAAAAUCAAAACGAACAGACAUCGACUCUACCAAGUCGUGAACACGACGAUACCAUAGAUUUAAAACCACCAGCGAUCAUUCCUCAAUUUGUCCCUGAAUCAAAUAAACCUAAGAGACCAUAUCCUCGACCAUCUAUAAUGAACAAAGUGGAAACUAGGCCUGUACUAUAUCCUGGACCAGAAAUUGUAAGUCAAACUUCAGAAGCCAGACCGGAUCAAGUGAAACAGUCCAACGAAGGCAAGCCAGGAAGCCUGGAACCAUUUGUAAAUAACAGUUUGAGUCAUGCAGGUAAAUUGAAUCAGAGUCACUUCCAGUUAGGAGGUUUCAUGGAUCUUAAUUGGGAUGGGGGAAUGAAGAUUAGAGACCAAAGACCUGAUAGACAAGAGAUUCUAAUUAACAAGGGUGAAAUUAUGAAGAAUCAUUUUAGAAACAGUUCUAUUUCUCAGAAAAUGGAAGAUCAGUAUCCUCAGACGAGCACUGAGAGCGUUAAAGUAAGUUUGGAGAAGAAUCGUCCUGUGGUGAAUCAACAGGAGUAUUCAGGAACCAGAAUUCAUCCAGAGUAUCCUCAUAUUAUCACCAAGCCUAAGCCUCAAGUACCUGGACCAAUUACUAUCUCAACAGCUAACAAAGGUGAAACUAGGCCCAAUAUUAGGUUCUCCAUGCCUGUAGAGGCUAUAGGCGAAGAAGUUGAUAGCAAGACGCAAACUGAGCGACCACCAAGUAUGUUAAUCACGAGCAGUUCUAACGAUAAGAAGAAGAACGUGGAAAAGGUAGAUGGUUCUUAUCAGACGAAUUUCGCGGCUUCAGACGCGAAUAAGGAUGAUUCUAUGAAUCAUGAGAGCAAAAUUAGAGUUAGACCUAUUGAGACGUCUACUGGCGAUAUGUUGAGUAGUAUGGAAGGAAUGAGCGUGCCUUCUAGGGACAUGAUGCCUCCGCCAUUGAGACCUGUUAUUGGGUUGAAUCAAUCGAAUAAGAAUGAAGAAGAGGAUUUGAAACCACCACCUAUAACUUCGAGGGAUGUAGUUGGAUUAUCACCUCCACCAGUUGAUAUUACCACGACCAGUGGUCCCACGGAAGAUAGAUUCCCGUUUGCAAAUGUCAACGAAUCUGGAUUGAAACCUCCGCCUAAAUAUAUUCCACUGAAGGAGUCUUCUGUUGCACCUUUACCUAGCGUUAGCAUGGUGCCUCCUAGUCCAAGACCUUCUCUUGCUAGGCCUUUCAUAGUGGAAUUGCUGUCUCAGGAUAUGGUACCUCCACCACCAGUAACUCAAACUACCAAACCACUUGAAAUUGCCACGGUGAGGCCAGCGGUCGCGGUGUCUGGAUCGAUUCAAAUCGCGACAGCCGUCGCAACAUCCCACAUACCAGUGGUUCAGGAUAUCGAAUCAAAGAUACCGAUCAUACACGGCACUGUCGAUCUUCCAGUGGUGGUAGACGUGCCUGAGAUUCUUAGGCCAGUGGAAACCAGGAUGACGGAGCACGUUAGCAUUUAUACCGUGCGACCAUUUGACACGAGACCUGUAUCUAGAAUAUCGGUACAACCAACACCAAUGCUAACGACGAACCUGGUAAUCCCAACGAAGCUAAGACCAUUGCAAGUAGAUCAUAUUCAACCAAGCAGAUCCUCGACAACCAGAGACGUGGAACCAACUCGAUCUCAUAACUUCGAUAUUCCUCGAAACCCUGUAAAACGUCCGGAGCAUCCAGUAUUUUUGGAAUCCAGUCACGAUAACGUUCUACCAUCGACAAAGGUGGAAGCUACGGAAAGUUUGACUCACCACGUGGUCAGCACGAGUCAGAAGAAAGAGUCACGACCUACAAUGACGAAAAACGAAGCUUCAAAGGUGGUCGUUUCGUCGGCGACAGAACGCAAACGAAAGAACGAAACCACAUCGAAGGAAUUGCCUAGCGUGGUGACCAGGGUUGACAGUUCGAUAACGAAGGUAACGAGUACGUUGUCCGGAAAUAUUGACAGGAGAAACGAGUCGGUGAUCAAGAUGACGAAGGAUGUUAGCAACGUGACACGCGAGGCUGCUAAUAGGACAACGACGACCACGCGUACGAAGCCUAAAGAGGUGACACGAUUCCAGACGUCAACAGUAACGAGAACGGAAACAUCUGUAUUGGGUUCACCACCUACAACUCGAACAUUACUGCUCACCCACACAUUGACAUCGACCACUGUGGAAACAGUAACGGAAACAUUAUUGCGUCCAACCAGUGUAAUAUCCACGGUCACAUCAACGAUCUUGCAAUCGGUGGUGACUAGAAUACCAUCAUCCUACGAAAACGUGGUCGACAAUGAUUCCAUCUUUGUGGUGAUGAGCGAUCAGAAGCCACCGGCACCUGGUGCUGAAGAGGUAAAUGUUGAGGCUGAAUACGGUGAUAUUUCGAGAGACGAACAAGAUCCAACUGGAAACGAAGUUCAUAGAGUACUGGCUGGUGGAGUUCUUGGAGCACCCGUGGUAUCGCUUCAACCUAUUGUCAAUCAGUGUACACCAGAAUGUAGAGCGUCUAGGUCUGAAAUAUGCGCGGAAGUUGGAGGUGAAAUGCGAUGCGUUUGCCGUCCGGGCUUCGCUAGGAUGUUCCCUGAUCGACCUUGCAAGCCCACUUACACUUACACGUUACGAGUUGGCUUGGACCGUAUUGGACACGAACCAGUAAUAUACGAAGCCAGCAUGAACGAUUCGACGUCGACAGCUUUCAGAAAACUGUUAGGUCCUACUAAAGACGCCCUAGAUAGAACUCUGAUGCAGAGUGAUCUCAGAGAUGUCUACAGAGGAUUGAAGAUAGCCGGUUUCUCGCCUGACCCAACGAAAGUGGAGUUCCACGUUCAGCUCAGCGACAACGCUAAUGAAACCAGACUAAAAGAAGUUCUUCGAAAGUAUCUUAUUGGAAGCAAUUAUAGCUUAGGAGGCACUGAGGUUUAUGCCUUGAAAAAUCUUGACGUCAUUGAGGCCAUUGAUUUCGACGAAUGCGCGACAGAAGAAGGAGGACCACAUCACGAUUGCUCGCCAAACGCAGCCUGUUUCAAUCUGCGAGGCUCUUAUCAGUGUUCUUGUAAAGAGGGUUGGGCAGAUUUGUCUGAAAACCCCGCGUAUCCUGGAAGAUUCUGCUCUCAAGCGCCCUUAGGUUGCCCUAGUUGUAACAACAAAGGACACUGCGUUACGAACACCAAUGGUCAAGAGGUUUGCGAGUGCUUCCCCUGGCACAGUGGUCAGCGGUGUCAAGUUAAUCUGAAAGUGCUCCUGAUAGCUCUUGUUACAACGGGUGCAAUAUUACUGGGCCUUCUGGCGGUUUGUGUCGGUAUGGCAUGUUUCCGUCAGCCGAGUCGGAAACGAAGAACUGGCGACAGAAGGGCUAUGAUUCCUGGAACGGGCGGGGACACCAGUAGCGAGGGUAGUGUGACAGACUUGGCUAUUCCACACCACGUGCCGCACGUUCUCCCACCACCCCCACAGAUGAUCGCACCCUUGCCACCGACAAAGAGGCCGGCUCGAAAGAUCAGUGCCAAACCCAGACAUCCACCAAGAAAAGCUACCAUGGUACCUGCAUCAGUGGCAAUGAACGACGAACAACGAGAUCGUUCGUUGACAGUGAUGAUCCCGCGCGCCAAAUAUCGAUCCGCACCCCAGUCUCCGCAGAAUUACAAAUCCGGUAUGAGCACGUUCUCGACAGAAGAGCACAAGCUGCUCAAUUACCUCGAAAACGGCACGCAUAACACCGGAAACAGGAAGCAGAGCGUAUCCAGCGCGAAAGAUUGCAAGGAUUCUGAUGUGCAGAUCGUCAGAACGCCGGCUGCACCGAGUGGCGCCCUUGUUAGCGCUGGUUUUCAGGUGUCCGCAACGGUAACUCGACAAAUGGACGCCGACUCGACGUUAGCUCGCUCCUGUGGCGAGACCACGGUUGAAACAGCGACGAAAGUGCUGCGAACCGGGGAUCUCCAGGGCGAUCUGUGCUCGACGUUGGCGCGUUCCUGUGGCGAGACGACCAUCCAAGCACCGACGAAGCUGUUGAGGCUUGAUUUAGGCGAGGCUGGCUCGACUCUCGCCAGAUCUUGCGGUGAAACGACGAUCCAGCCGCCUACGAAAGUCGCCGAUGCCAGAAGAAACAGCGUUAAGGAUGCCAGAGACACUAGAGACAGUGCCAGCGAGGGGCACACAAUGGCCGAGAGGGAUCUGGGAAGCACGCUGAGACUUCCGGCGCAGCAUCCGCCUCUUUAUAGCCCGGACAAGACCAGCGAUCGAGAAUCGAACUUCGACUCCCUCUAGACACCGAAGAUCGUACAAGUAAUAAAGGAAAUCCGGUCGACGGGAGGUUGUGGAUGUGACCGCUGGACGGUAGCCUCCACAAGUUCGCGAAUCGAACAGAUAAAACGUGAAACAAAUUUCUUCAACGACGCAACUAUGUCGAAAAACGUCGAAGCUUAAGUACGUUAAAACAAAGGUCAAAAUCGAACAAGUUGUUUUAGUUUAAUCGAUGCAAACAAAUUAGAAACAUAUCCUUAAUCGUUUCGUUCGGAAGCUUUAAUCGUCUAUUUUAUUAAAUUAAUACGAUAUUUAUUGAUGGGGAAGCGUCUCAAAAAAGCACAUAUAAAUAUAUUUAUAUUGUUAACAAUAAAAUAACGAUCUUGGUGAUAAACCAAAGUGAUUAAAAAGAAACUUGACCAAGAAGAAGGUAAAUUUAUAAGCAACGCUUUCCUCUAUUUAUUUAUGUAUUCGUUCAAAGAUUUUAGAUACGUAGAAACGUUUCAGAAGGCGCUCUCUUUGCCGUCGGCGGGAUUUGAGAAAAAGAUAUCAAGUUCGAUCAAACGCGAAUGUCAGAUUCAAAGAGACGCGCUGGUUACUCAUUCCCGUGCCAAAAUACAACCAAUGAUUGGGAAGGGUAGCGAGGGAAAUUGUCCCUCGCCUUUCCCACUGCCGUUUUCAUUUUUUUUAUCCUCGUUUCUUAUACUUUUUCUUUUUUUAACUGGUCGCCGAGUACUCGAUCAUGUCGUUUCGGAAAUUUGAUUAUCUUCGAGAGAUAUCUUCGAUAAUGCUAUUUAUUUACUAUCGGUAGUUUGCUGAUUUUUAUACAAUAUAUUGUUAUUUUACCUUGGAUAUUUUAAAUUUCCCAUAACUGCAUGAACAUCUGCAGUCUAAUUGGCGAUAUAUUUAUAUAUAUUUUUUUACAUGUACUUAUUUGUAUGAAUAAUAUAUGUAAUCUCGUUCAUAAGUCACUGGACAUUUGCAAACUUUUGAAUAUCAUGCUCUUUAAAAUAGAUUUAUAGCAAGACUUUUAAAAAUAUAAUAUAAUUUUAUUUUUUCUUAUGACGAAUAACGAGAUUAUUUGAAUUGUGAAUACGAAUAAAAACGAUACUUCUCGAUGUCAUAAUCGAAUUUUCCAUAAGCGUUUUACGGUCCUCGGUAAACGCUGCACGCGAAUCGACGCGUGACUCAAUACAGUGUCAUAAGUCGUGCGAACGGCGCCGAUCGCCGCGGAGGCGGACAUUAUUAUUAAUUGUUGUUAUUGUUUGUUUGUUUAGUCUAUUUUCUGGCGGGUCCUGUCAUGUUGCCCGGCUUCGUCAGUUUACAAAUUCGUACGUCGGGGCGUAGCAAAUUCAUUGCGAUUCAUACUUUUCCAACAUCUGACUAUGAGUACAAACUGUAUUUUUUAAAAAAAAUUCUAUAGAACGUAGCUUGUACGCAGGAACUUGUGACGAUAACAAUCGCAAUUUUACCAAUGAACAUUUCAACAAUUUGAUUAAUCCUUUAAAUGAAGAAGGAAAAUUUUAAUUGUAAAUUCAGCCAAUCUGCAAUCUCCUUGAUUGUACUACCUGUUAAUGUCAAUCAUUCCUUACCAAAUGUGCUCGAGAUGUAUUGGACGAAUCAAAAUGGGAUAAAAAAGAAUCAAUGGAAUUUUGAACGCGUGAAAUGCGAAUGAAAUGUUCGUUAAUUAUGUGUUGAUUGUGACGAAGCCGCGGCAACGUCGCUAAACCAGACUCGAGGAAGAGCGAGCAGAACGUGUUGCAUAACGCAGCCGCACGUGCAUUUAACUUGAUUUUUACUUUCUUUAGCUCAAUAGAUAGCGUAAGCGGAUGUAUUAAGCGGAGGACAGGUGUAUCAUUAACGAUAAUACUUUCUAUGUGUCUGACUCCUUCUUUCUUUUUUAUUUCCUUUCAGUGUCGUAAAACUGCGCGUGUUAACCAAAUGAAAUAAAAUAUACAUACGUCGGUGAUCGUUUCGUAAACGAAGACGAACGAACGAAGCUCGUACCUUGUAUUAUCGCACGAAACUAACUAACUCGUCCUUUUUCUACGUCCAAAAUGAAACUACUCUUUUAUACAUACCACAUGUGUACGCAUAGAUAUUUGAUCUAUAUAUAUAUAUAAUAUACAUAAUAUAAUAUAAUAUAAUAAUGCAUAUAAAUAUAUUCUGUUGUACAUACCGUCUCAAGAAGAACCUCUUCUACUUAAUGUUAUUGUAAUUUUUGUAUACUUAGAAUCUGUAUACUUCUUUGUAAUUUUAAUAAAAGUGAAUAAUACAAAUUA